CUGGCGGCCGAGCCCGCGCCCGCGCCGCGCCGGCCCGCGCGCGACUCGCGCACGCCCUCGCCCGCCGGCGCCGUGGUGUCGCGGAAGUCCUCCUUCUGCUCGCUGUUCAAGUCCCGCGAGACGAUCGCGUCGCCGGAGUCGCCGUCGGACGCGCUCCGUCGCAAGAAGAGUCUCAACGAGGGCCGGUCGCGGAGCCGAAGCCGCGACCGCUCCGCGACGCCGACGUCUGCGACCAAAAUCAAGGGUUCCGUGCUGUCGCUUUUCAAGACUCCGCGGAAGAGCGCCACCUCCCCGUCUCCGAGCUCGCGCGAGGGCUCGCCGGUGGUGCAGGCGCCGCGGCCGGCGGUCCCGCAGGCGCCCCGCCCCACGCGCGGCGAGAAGCUCAAGUACUACGAGGACGCGAAGGAUGGAAUCAUCCACAUCCCUCUUCGCACGCCGCCCGACGAGGCCGGCGCUCCCUCGGGAGAUCACGACGUUCGACCCGCCUCCGCCCCGCAGCAACGCGGGCCACCCUCUUCCGUCGUGACGUCUGCUGCGGUUCCGUCAUCGUCGGCCGGCAGCAGCGUCGCCGCGGGCCCGGCGUCGAGCUCGGUUCACGCCGCGCGAUCUCCCUCGAAACCUAUCCAACGCACCGUGCUCCCCGACGGGAGCAUCAUAAUCCCGCUUCGCUCACCGACUGAGAAGAACGCCGAGGACGACCUUCUGGCCACCUUUCCGGUCAAAUCCAAGACUCCAGAGGAGCCUCGACCGACCGAGAAAACCUCCCGGUCCUCGUCGACGGUGGAAGUCGUUUCCGCCGUGAUCAGUCCCGAACCGGUGUCGACGAGUUCCGGUCCGGCGUCCGCGAGCCCCGGGGACGCGGCGACGGGGCCGAGCGCGCCCGACGUCACGCCCUCGCCCGACCCGCCGCCGCCGGUGGCGCCGACCGAGCGGGCGCGGUCGCGGCGCGAGCGCCUCAUCUUCACGACCCACGUCGGCAGCGCCGAGCAGGUUUUCUGCACCCAAUUCAGUAUAACGAAAACGCCGAGCGUCACCAGCGAGAUCUCCGGAUCCUUUCCGAGCUUCCCCGACGUCGAGGAGGCCGUCGCGGCGGCGUCGACGUCACAAGUCACUUUGGCGUCGACGUCGACCGUGGCCCUCGAGCUCCACACGCCCGCCGCCGAGUCGCACACGCCGGUCAGUCCGGGGGCGGAGACGCCGCGCGGGGGCCCGGCGCCCAGCCCGGGCGGCGCGAGCCCGCAGGACGCCGGGCGCGACUCGUCCGAGUCGGAGGCGAGCUCGGAGGCGGCGCCCGCGCGCGCCGGCAACGACGUGGAGCGGCGCGGGCUGGUCGUGCAGGAGUCGUUCGAGGACGAGCUGCCGUACGUGCCGACCACGCUGCCGCAGGAGCGCUCGCUGGCGCUGCCGAUGGUGCCGGUGCGCGAGCGCGGCGGCGUGCGCGUGGCGGCGGUGCAGCGGCCGCGCGCGACG